AUGGCUAUUGCAGCUGUAACUUACCUAAGGGUAAUAGACACUGAGGGACAAAGCCAUGUUGGGUUCAUCAUGGGAAAAUCUAAACUAGCUCCCAGACCUGCUCACACUGUCCCACGUCUAGAACUUUGUGCUGCUGUCUUAGCGGUAGAGAUGGCAGACAUGAUUACGACUGAACUGGACAUUGAGAUCCAUGCAGUGAACUUUUAUACGGACAGCAAGAUUGUGUUAGGAUAUAUUCACAACGCUUCAAAAAGAUUUUACACAUACGUGACCAACAGAGUGACACGUAUCAAAAAGUCUACAAGUCCAGAUCAGUGGCAUUACAUCAGCACAGACAAGAACCCAGCGGAUCAUGGGACAAGAUUGGUGUCAGCCGCUGUACUCAAGCAAACUAACUGGUUCGUAGGUCCAUCGUUUCUUGGUAAGCCAGAAAUCAAAGAGACUACUCAGGUAGAGACCUUUCAGCUCAUAGAACCAGAUCAAGACAAAGAGGUAAGACCUCAAGUUGCAGUUUGCAAGACUUUAGUUACCAGAGACAGUCUGGGCGCCCAUAGAUUUGAAAGGUUUUCCAGAUGGAAGUCGCUGACUCGUGCAAUCGGAAAACUUAUCUGUCUAGCCAGAUACUCCUCCAGAGCUACUAAUACUGAUCAACGUAGCAACGACCAUCUUGAACAAGCCAAGGUCGCGAUCAUCAAAUGCGUCCAGCAGGAAGUCUUUAAAGAAGAAAUUCAAAGCCUUCUGAAAAAGAAAGAGAUUUCUCGACACAGUUCGCUCAAGAAGUUGAACCCUAUCCUCGACGAAGACGGAGUACUAAGAAUUGGAGGUCGUUUGUCGGCAGCGGAUAUGACUAUCCAAGAGAGACAUCCCUUCAUCAUACCUAAGAAUCAUCACAUCGCUCUUCUUCUGGUAAGACACUAUCACGAGCAAGUUGCACAUCAAGGACGACACUUCACUGAAGGAGCAGUACGGUCAGCAGGAUUGUGGAUCAUAGGAGGUAAGAGACUAGUCUCCAGCGUGAUCAGCCAAUGCGUUACCUGUAAGAAGAUUAGAGGGAAACUUGAGGUUCAGAAGAUGUCAAACUUACCUGCAGACAGACUUGCUUCAGAUCCUCCAUUCACUCACGUAGGUCUAGACGUUUUUGGACCAUGGAACAUCUCUUCUCGCAAGACUAGAGGAGGCAGUGCCGAAAGUAAACGUUGGGCUGUUCUGUUCUCUUGCCUGAGUACUAGAGCAGUUCAUAUUGAAGUGAUUGAAUCUUUAUCCACUUCAAGUUUCAUCAAUGCCUUGAGAAGAUUCUUCUCUAUCAGAGGACCAGCGAAAUUGAUUCGUUCAGACCGCGGCACAAACUUUAUUGGGGCCUGCAAGGAGUUGAAAAUCAUCUCUACAGACUCUGAAACAGGUUCCUAUCUUCAAGAUCAAGGAUGCACUUGGACUUUUAAUCCUCCACACGCAUCGCAUAUGGGAGGAGCAUGGGAGAGGAUGAUUGGAGUAGCUCGUCGUAUUCUGGAUGCCAUGCUCCUGAAGGUUGGGUCUACUCGCCUCACUCAUGAAGCUUUAACUACACUAAUGGCUGAAGUCGUGGCCAUUAUGAACGCCAGACCUUUGGUUCCAGUGUCUACAGAUCCAGAGAUGCCAUCAGUCUUGACACCCGCAAUGCUGCUGACCCAGAAGAUAGAACCAGUGACAGCUCCCACUGGAGACUUUGACCUCAAGGACUUGUAUACUAAGCAAUGGAGACAAGUUCAAAGCCUUGCAGACAUUUUCUGGAAGAGGUGGAGACAGGAAUACCUGGUGACACUCCAGCCACGCAAGAAAUGGCAGGAUGACAAACCCAACUUACAAGUUGGAGACAUUGUCUUAUUAAAAGACACUCAGGCCCACAGGAAUGAAUGGCCUAUUGGACUCAUUGUGGCGACUGAUCCUAGUGGUGAUGCUAGAGUUAGAAAAGUUGAAGUUAGAGUUGUUAGACAGGGCAUUCCCAAGGUGUAUGCUAGGCCAAUUUCUGAAGUAGUUUUACUUCUGUCCAAAGGUUAGUGGCAUAACCAAUGGUACGCCAGGUGGGGAGUGUGCUGCCUUUGCAAUGUAUAUUACAUGCUUGGCACUCAGUAGUGUCUGUUUCUUUAAGACCCUCCAUUUUCUUGAAGCCUAGAGGCGGGUCUUCUCUGUACUCUCUAGGGCUUGCUGGGACAUAUCCUGUUCAGUCCAGCUCUUGCUACUAUAGUGACCAGAUCCACAGGACAUCUUAAAGCUAUUACAGAUUGCAAACCUGACGAACACCAAAGCCUUUUUAUCUCACAUAUCAUCCUAUAUCAUAUCAUAUGAACAUUAUUGUACACAUUCCUGUUCAUUAUAUCUCAGUAAAGAUUGCAUCAGUUCAGCAAACCAGCGCAUCUUUCAUUGGGAUUCGGUUUAUACUUGAUGUUAAGCUGUGUACCUGAAGCAACACGCAGCCGAGACAUUACAAUGCUAAUUUUUUUAGAAGGACCUGUAUGUCUAUAGAAAUAUAAUAUGCCAGUUUCACAUACAUUAUAAUAUGCUGAAGAGGAUCAAAUGGAAUAGUGGCAGAAAGGCUGCCCUGCCAAUGAUGUUGAAUACAUUUUAAUAAAGCACAUUCCCAAGGACAAAAGGCCAUGUGGCCACCUUGCCUGAAGAUCCAGAGUGAAAUAUCGCACAGUGAGGUAUUCAACAUUUUGGUACAGUCAGUACAAUGGAAAUCACUAAACUUACAACUAAUUUGAAGGUCCGCAAAAGAACAAUUGUGACCCCCUUAUAUACCACAGAACUUUUCAAUACUAAUGCAAAAAAAAAAA